AUGAUCGAAGAAGCGGACACUGCUGAUAUUUUUGAUGCAAUCUUGAACAGGGCACCGGGCACAGGCGAUCUUUUCCCUAAAUCUUCGCCCGUUACUGUGAAAGCGUGGACGAUUUAUUCGCUGGCUGGGAAAAGCCAGGAUCCUUUUGAUUUUCUCACAUCCACCACGGAAAGUGUUCAAUCGAGAUGGAUCGAUGGCACUGUGAAUUUGCCGUUUAAACGACCUUUGGUUGGUCCACCGACAAAUGUCCGAGUGCAAGCCACGUCGAACAGCUCGGCGGUGAUCGAGUGGGAUUUCGAUGGGGAACAGGUCGACGGCUUCGUAGUGAAGUACAUUCAUGAGCCUCGUGGCACAAAAGACACCGAGAGAUGGACAGCCCGUACAGUGAUGUCACCAUCAGCUAGACACCUCGAAAUCGGCCAGUUGACCGCUCAUAAACCGUACGCUUUCUGUGUGCUUGCGAUUCGGCAAAAUCGACAAGGUUCCUGCUCUGACCCGCCAUCUACAAUCUCUCAACUCACUCCACUCUACAUGGUCCGAAAUUUGCAUGUGAAGUGGAAAACGAGUAACUCAGUGAUGCUAGCUUGGGAAUACGAUUCACCUGGCCGAAUCACCGGUUUCUAUUUAAAUCACACUGGGAAGAAAGAGUACAUGGAUCAACAACUAGCUGUGAAGACAAUGUUCACGCCUGGCUUUAAAAAGGACGCCGACUCGGGCACCAGGGAGUACUUGUGGAUCAACCUUCGUCCAUUCAUGCGCUACACAUUCACCGUUGGAGUCCUCGGGGAACAGAAUAAGCAAUUUUGGCCGAAAGAAGUCAUCGUUUUAACCGAUCCAACUGGGCCACCACUUGUCAAUGCACCGAGAAUCGACAAUCCGCCCGAAUGGGUCAAACCGGGACAGCUCUCAAUCACUCCGACCCCAGCCAGCGAGGAGUACGGCCCGAUCUCUCAUUACUGGAUUGUCGUAAUCCCGGGCAAUGUAUCAUAUGAACACGUCGUGAACAUGGAACCCAGAGACAUGGAGUUGGCCACCACCGAAAAACGUGCUCAAUUGGCACGAAUGAUCAGCGCGCAGCCGACGAAAAAGGUGAAAAAGUCGGUUCGUUUCUCCGAUGACGUACUCACUCAUGAAUAUCCCUCGUAUCCACGAAAGCAAAGAGCUCUUUCAUCGCACACUGAUGGCGUUUAUGUCACAGCGAAAAUCGGAGCCGAAGCGAUGCGAUCACUUCAUUCAGCUGGAGGGAAAUUCAUCAUCGGAGACGAGAGGGUCUACGACGGUUUCACGAACUAUCCGAUGGAGCCAGGACAAAAAUAUCGACUGAUGACCCGUGCAUUCGCUGCCGAACAGAAAACGAACAAGUGGGAACACCGACCGCCGAUGUCCGAGAAAACGUUGAAGCUGUACACCGAUUCGUCGCCAACUGAAAUGUUCAUGUCAUCGUCGGCGUUGACAAAGAACAAAGCCGCCACAGGGAUGUGGUUUAUCGGGCCGGCGGUGGCGCUUUUCGUCAUCGCGAUCAUCGUUUUCAUGUUGGUUUGCUGGUGGUUGAGAUGCAGUCGAAAGCGAUUACCCCAUACACAUCGACACGGAUCAAUCACAAAGGUAGCCCUAGGCGGUCCAAUCAACGGACUUCCAUCGGAAACGAGUAAACUUUUGCCGAAUGAGAGCUACAGCCAAUCGCAGAGGAUCAUGAAUCCAUAUGAUCAACUGAACGGCCAGAUGGAGUCAGCAAUGGACGAUUAUGGGAUGACAAUGCAAAGUCAUACAAAUGGAACGAUACGGAAAGGCGAGCACGCAUACGCACCGUUGCCCAUUCAUACGUCACUUUUGCCGAAUUUGGUUGCGAACACGAUCUCCCAUCCACCGAUUCCGAUUAGUCAACUCGCUCAGCACAUCGAGCGACUACGCGGCAAUAACAAUCUCGGCUUUCAGCAGGAAUUCGAAUCAAUCGAAACGGGCCAACACUUCACGUGGGAGCACUCAAACAGCGAGUACAAUAAGCACAAAAAUCGAUACGCCAACGUCUGGGAGGAGGGCACGGCGAUGAUCGUGAUGCUGACGAAUCUCGAGGAGCGAUCCCGAGUGAAAUGCGAUCAAUAUUGGCCCUCGAGGGGUACGGUCACAUAUGGGGAUAUCCAGGUGACUUUACUCGAAACGACGAUUUUCGCUCACUACACCUCGAGAACAUUCCGGAUACAGGCGCUCGGAGAGCCAUUGAUGCGUGAAGUGAGACAACUACAGUACACGGCUUGGCCCGAUCACGGGGUUCCCGAUCAUCCGACACCGUUUCUCGUUUUCUUGAAACGUGUGCGCACGUUGAACCCGGCCGAUGCCGGGCCGAUCCUUUCGCAUUGCAGCGCUGGAAUCGGUCGGACGGGAGCUUUCAUCGUGAUCGAUAUCAUGUUGGAAAGGCUGAGAUACGAGAAUACUGUCGAUAUCUAUGGAUGUGUGACGAAUUUGCGAGCACAACGAAGCUACAUGGUGCAGACCGAAGAUCAGUACAUUUUUAUUCAUGACGCUGUGCUGGAUGCGGUGAACAGCGGAUCGACCGAGGUGCCCGCGAAUCGUUUAUAUCAACAUGUACAAGCGCUCUCACAUACGCAAAAUCUCGAAGUUGGCUCGGGAAUUGAUAUUGAAUUUCGGCACCUCUCGACGAUGAAGACGACGACCGCCAGAUGUAGUGUGGCAAGUCUUGGCUGUAAUCGGCAUAAGAAUCGUCAACUCGCACCCGUUCCAUUCGACAACAAUCGAAUGAUUCUACAAAUGUUCCCGGGUGUCGAGGGAAGUGAUUACAUCAAUGCGAGCUGGAUUGACGGAUAUCGAGAACGCAAUGCUUACAUCGGCACACAAGGGCCAAUCCAGGCGACAGUCGAGGAUUUCUGGCGGAUGAUUUGGGAGAGUGAAGCGGCGAUCAUUGUCAUGUUGUGCAAGACUAUUGAGUGCAAUCGAGAAUGGUCUUUCGAGUACUGGCCCCAGGAUCAAGGAGUCCAAAUCGGCGGAGUGAUCGUCGAGCCAGUAGCCGAGUACAACAUGCCACAGUACAUCUUGCGCGAGUUCCGCAUCUCGGAUCCACAGUCAACGGUUUCCCGGACGGUUCGCCACUUCCAGUACAUGGAAUGGCCUGAACAAGGAGUGCCGAGGACUGCCGACACUUUUUUGGAUUUCAUUCAACAGGUUCACCGAACGAAAGCGCAAUUCGGUGUGGUGGGUCCAGUUGUUGUUCACUGUGGUGGAGGGGCAAUUCGGUCGGGAGUUUUCAUCUCUCUCGCUUUGUUGAUCGAUCGAAUUCACGAAGAGCAUGUCGUUGAUGUUUUCACUACGGUGAAACUUUUGAGAACCGAACGCUCGAAUAUGGUUGGCGACAAGGAGCACUAUCAUUUCUUGUAUCAGGCUGUCGUCGAGUACCUUUCCAGCUACGAUCAAUCAGCUUUUUCU